AACACGUCGCCGGAGAGAGUCGGAAGAAAUCUUGUGACGUUACCGGGACUGUAUCCAAAAAUUUUAAUUUUGGUAAACCCGAGUUGUCUGGUCAAAUCUAUCGUCUUAUAGGCGAAAAGUGCUUAAUAAAUUGAAUGUGUUAAAAGUAAUGAUAGUGUGAAAAAUUAAAUGAUUCAAUAUAUGAUUGUAUUUAAAAGUGUUAUUUAAAUAAUUCUAUAAACUAGCCCAAAAAUGGAACAGGUGAAACUAAUAAAAGAUGUUGAUUUUAACCAAAUAAAUCAACUGUAUGAAGAAUGUUUGACUUAUUUACAAUCAAACGCUAAGGACAGUCACAAUGAAAUUAAUGAAAUCAACUUGGAGCUGGAAGAACGUAUAUCAAAUGAAGAUGAUGAUGGUGUCAUAUACGAAACUAUACAAGAUAAUAAAAAAGUCAAUAGGUUUAUAGAAUCUUUGAAACCUGAAUUUAUAGUUGAAAAUGAAAUAAAAAAUGACAAAUCGGACAGUGUUGAAUCACUAAAAUUAGAAAUUAAAUCGGGGAGACUGAGAAAGCUCUCUCAAACUUUACCAAGAAUAAUAAUAACCCAGAGCACUGCCAGUUUGAAUGUCAAUAAGAGCAAGAACGUCGUUUACGAAUUUCAGAAACCCAAAGUACCUCGUAUUGGUAAUAAACAUACAAUAGUACAAAACAACUUUGUGAAAAAUCCGCCGCCACUCCGCAACCGUUCGGCUUACGGUGACUUCCCCAAGAGGUUAGUCUCCAAAGGUGGAGGCGAGAAUGUGGCCCUCAUCUCUAACGUCCCGUUCGAAAAGAUUCGAUUAUUGAAUGAUACAUUUCAUACUCUGAUCAAUCUCCGCUGGCGUUGGAUCGUGAUCGGCACGGUGGUCGUCCACUUCACUAUGUGGGCUGUGUUCGCCCUUUUCUGGUACAUGACGGCACUUGCCCAUUACGACUUCGAACCGGAUCCUCCCAACAAGCCCUGUAUCACGGGGGGGAAAGACUUCAUCACCAUCUUUUUGGCUUCUGUUGAGGCUCAGACGACAAUCGGCUUCGGAGAUCGCGCCAUAGAUGAAGAAUGCCCAGAAUCAAUAUUUCUGUUUAUUAUUCAGUUGAUCCUGGGUACCGGUCUGUCUGGAGUUCUCACUUGCGUUGUCUACGCCAAACUCACGCGGCCAGAGAAGCUCUCCAGAGAUGGCGUUGGUUUCAGCAAAAAAUCUGUGAUCAGCAUCCGCGAUGGCCGCCUCUGCCUGAUGAUGCGAGCUUGGGACCUCAACUACGACCACAUCAUCAGCUCAGAAUUCAUCGCCCACUUUAUCAACACAUACAGAACAAAAGAAGGCGAGAUAAUUCGAUACUACGCCCGCACCUUACCACUAAAGCAGCGGCAGUUUCUGCUGUGGCCGGUGACGCUUGUGCACGAGAUCGACGAAGACAGCCCUCUCUACCGAUACACGCCUGAGGACAUCACCAACGUUAGUUUUGAAAUAACAGUCGGGCUGAAAGGGGCGUCCGCUUCCUUGGGCACGUUCACACAGAGCCAGACUUCUUACAUGCCCAGGGAAGUCAUUUGGGGACAUCGAUUUCCUUCUGUUGUCAAAUACAACAUUCGCAAGCGGAAAUACGAGAUAGACCACACAAAGCUAGACGCCAUAGAACCAGUAGACACGCCACAUUGCAGCGCUUUUCAAUUUUACAAAAUAAUGAAGUCUAAGUCGCCACCCCCCUCGCCCCACACCCCCGGCACACCUGGCACUCCGAGUAGCUUCAGCGACCAGCUUUCUGGAUUCCACCUCUCUCGCUCUUCCUCAUUCCGUAAGAAGAAACCUACCGACCAGAAGUCUAUGCCUAAUUUGCUGAGGGCUUGAAUGUAUGGAUUCAAAAAUAUAGUUUUAUUUCUCGCUUACUGUAAUCGACUCAACUUCAUGAUGUAUGUAUAUAUUACGUAAUAACGAAUGUAUUAAGUAGUCACAAUACUUAAAAUAAUUA